AUGGCAUGCCCUAAAUGUGUUGCUGUGCCAUCAGCGAAGGUAAUUUGUGCGGAUAAUGCUGCUGAUCAAGAAUUAGCUUCACACAGGCAGGCUCACAAUGAUGCAAGUCGUGCUGCCAAUGCUCCUUCUGUCAUUUCUGUGGCAACACCUCUGAAUCCCCCAAGUACCACAUCUCCUACAAGUUCUUGUAGCCACAAAGUCACCGUCGUUGAGGUUGACGAUAACGACAAUGAUAUCGAGCUGAUGGGCAGCACACACAAAAAACGACUGAUGAAAGGCAAAAAACGAGCUUAUAGCCCUGAUCCUCCCGAAUGCACAAACGAGACUGAACACGAUGCAAGUCCAUCAACUGUCAACGCACCGCAUGCAACUAGUUCAGCAAACCACUCUGAUGAAGUUGAUGCUGAUGGCUUCCUCAAGGAUGUUCAAGUCAUGAGCAUUGACGAGGCCUCUGAAAACCCAUGUCAAGAGCAGUGA